AUGAAGUUCGAUAAACUUGUAAUGUCUACGUUAACAAGAGCCAGAGAGACAGCUGAAAUAAUUCUGCAACAAAUGCCUUCAUUGAAAAGCUCCUGCUGUUCACUCAUCGAGGAAGGCCCUCCUUAUCCUCCAGUCCCAGCAGUCGAUCACUGGAAGCCGCAACAUGCCGAGUUCUUCGCGGAAGGUUUAAGAAUCGAGUCCGCCUUCCGCCGUCACAUCCAUCGCGCUCCUCCUUCGCAGAAAGAGGAUUCAUAUGAAAUCUUCGUUUGUCACGCAAAUGUUAUUCGUUACUUCGUAUGCCGGGCUUUGCAAUUUCCUCCUGAGGGAUGGCUUCGUAUGUCUUUAGGGAAUUGCAGCAUAACCUGGCUUGUUAUCCGCCCUUCAGGUCGUGUUAUCCUCCGCAGCCUUGGUGAUAUUGGUCAUCUGCCUCCUUCCAAAGUGUCGUUCACGUGA